CUCAUCUGGGGCGCCGCGCCGGCCAGAGGAGAGGCAUGGGGCGCCCGCGGACCGGGGCCGCGGCCGGGGCCUAGGCGGCGGACCUGCGAGUGGACCCGAGCAGCGGCGGCGGCGCAGCGCAGCGGCCGAGCGGGCCGGAGGCGGCCGAGGCGCCGGGCGCAGACACUGGUGCCUCCCCCUCUGCCAGGUGCUGGGUGGCCAGAACCGGGUCUGUCCUGGUGCUGGAGGGCCCCCGUCUGCUGCCGCUUCUUGCCAGCACCUCUGACUGCGUGCCCGAAGGGAUGUGUGUGCCAGCCCUUGGUCCAGUGCCUGCUCCCGAGGUGACGCCUGCUGGUUCCCGACUGGUUCCCAUUUUCCCUCUGCACGUAGCUCCCUGGUUGGAUAGCCGCUGCCCGGGAGAGGCAACCCGGGCGCCCCACUAGGGCAACGGCCCCUGCCCUGAGGGCCGGGAUCAUGAAAGGCCUCGGUGACAGCCGCCCUCGCCACCUCUCCGACAGCCUGGACCCACCGCAUGAGCCCCUGUUCGCAGGGCCUGACCGCAAUCCCUACCUGCUAUCGCCCACGGAGGCCUUUGCCCGCGAGGCUCGAUUCCCUGGCCAGAACGCUCUGCCUGGGGAUGGUCUCUUCCCACUCAACAACCAACUGCCGCCUCCAAGCAGCACCUUCCCCCGCAUCCACUAUAACUCCCACUUUGAGGUGCCAGAGGAGAGCCCCUUCCCCAGCCAUGCCCAGGCCACCAAGAUCAACCGGCUGCCUGCCAACCUGCUGGACCAGUUUGAGAAGCAACUGCCCAUCCACCGCGAUGGCUUUAGCACGCUCCAGUUCCCCCGUGGUGAGGCCAAGGCCCGAGGUGAGAGUCCUGGCCGCAUCCGCCACCUGGUCCACUCGGUCCAGCGGCUCUUCUUCACCAAGGCGCCCUCACUGGAGGGCACGGCAGCCAAGGUCGGUGGCAAUGGCAGCAAGAAAGGUGGCCUGGAGGACGGCAAGGGCCGGAGGGCCAAGAGCAAGGAACGGGCCAAGGCUGGGGAACCCAAACGGCGUAGCCGCUCCAACAUCUCGGGCUGGUGGAGCUCUGAUGACAACUUGGACGGCGAGGGUGGCGCCUUCCGCAGCAGUGGUCCAGCCUCUGGGCUGAUGACGCUCGGCAGACAGGCGGAACGCAGCCAGCCACGCUACUUCAUGCACGCCUACAACACCAUCAGUGGGCACAUGCUCAAAGCAGCCAAAAACAACACCGCUGAGCUGACUGCCCCGCCACCCCCACCCGCACCCCCAGCCACCUGCCCCAGCCUUGGGGUGGGCACUGACACCAACUAUGUCAAGCGGGGCUCCUGGUCCACUCUGACCCUCAGCCACGCCCAUGAAGUCUGCCAGAAGACCUCAGCCACCUUGGAUAAGAGCCUGCUAAAGUCCAAAUCCUGUCACCAGGGUCUAGCCUACCAUUACCUGCAGGUGCCCGGCGGCGGCGGCGAGUGGAGCACCGCGCUGCUGUCCCCGCGCGACGCGGACGCCGCGGCCGAGGGCCCCAUCCCGUGCAGGCGCAUGCGCAGCGGCAGCUACAUCAAGGCCAUGGGCGAUGAGGACAGCGAUGAGUCCGGCGGCAGCCCCAAGCCCUCACCCAAGACGGCCGCGCGGCGCCAGAGCUACCUGAGGGCCACGCAGCAGUCGCUGGGAGAGCAGAGCAACCCCCGCAGGUUGGCCCCUUCCUUUGACGAGUUGACUCCGGAGAGCUCCGCCAUAAGCCCCCCACAGUUAAGCCUUGACCACCGGUGA